GGAGCAGCGUUGGUGGCGCAGGAAUCAGCCGCCACAGCAGUCAGGUCGCAGAGAACUCUUCGACGUCGCCUACAGCGCCUUCAGGAGGACUACCACAAGCUUAUAGGCGUGGCUUGGGAGCUCACUCAGGGUCUGGAGGCGGCUGUGAGAGGAGAGAGAGUGGACUUGGAGGCGACACUCGCUGCUUGCACUCACAGAUACCCUGAGCUCUUUACUCUUACUCUUACUGCGGACACGAAGGCCAAACCUGCUGCCAUCCUGUUGGAGUCGAUGCAGAGGUGUGGGCGGCGUCCGGGCGUGACUGCCUCCGUCCCCGCCCUCGAUUUCGAGCGAGUGCGAAUGGAACUUGGAGCUGCCCCGGAGACGCACGUGUUGCUCUUGUUGCAGGCGCUGCGACACCGCAUCACCCGCGUGAGCACAGGCAGCGUGCGGCAGGCGGUCGUCACGGCCUACGCGAGAGGCGACGUGCUGGGCGUGCGAGGGGCGUGCAGGUCGUGGAGUCGUCUGGCGGCCGCCCUCACCCACCCGCACCACCACAACCUCCUUGCCCAGACGACUGCCAGAUUCAUCAACGCCCUCACUGCCUUCGGCGCCGGCAGGAGCUACCUCUGCAGCGAGGACGUGUGCCAGGUGCUCCUGGGGGCGCUGAAGGUGGAGGACUCCGACCCCACCACGACGGACAUGACCCUCGCCGCCCUGCAGAAGCUCUCCAUCAGGGGCGAAGUCCAGUCGACCCUGAUUCGCAACGGCGCCGUCGAAUGGCUGGUGUCGACCCUGGGCAACACCAGCAACCUCUCGCCCUACACCAUGGAGUACGCGGCGGCCCUGCUCAUGAACCUGACCCUAAGGUCCGCCGGCAGGUCUCGCUGUGUCCCCUUGGCCCGAAGUCUCCUGCCGACGCUGACGCACCUCCUCGCCUCUGUGCCUGUGCAUGUCGUGCCUUACGUGACGGGGGCGCUGUACAGCCUCCUCUCGCACCAGACUCUGCGCCAGGAAGCUUUUCAUCUCGGCCUUGACACCUCCCUCCAGCAUCUCGCUCAGAGCGGAAGCAACGAACAGAGAAGACAACUCGAGUACAUCGUGGAGCAGAUUCGUCGGGACCCCCCCCUCUCACCCCCUCCCUCGCCCGAACCCCAUCUGGAUAUAGAAGAGGACCCCGAAUGGCUGGAGGAGGAGCUUGAUCAGGAUGACCCAGUUCGACCUCCACCCCACACUCCUGCCGGCGAGGACCUGCUGACGUGGCGCUACACCCUCCACCCCGGUGAGUCUCGUCUGCCAAGUGACCCGCGCAAAGAGGCUGCUCCGACGAGGUCAGCCCCCGUCCCCACUGUCCCCUGGGACCCCCGUGGCUCUACCCCCCAGGCCCGCCCCAACUCCGAUGGUUUUGUCAUGAGGAGAAACUACACUGUGCAGCAGCAGCGUCCCUACGAGUCCCAGGCAUCCGAAGGGGGACACUGGGACUAUCCCUCCGAUUCUGACGGCGGAAGGAGCGAUCGCGCGGUCCGGGCAAGACCUCCUUCAGAAGACUCCGGCGGCCGAGACACCGAAGCGAGCGCGAGCGGGAGGUCUUCCGUCGGGUCUCCAAUGCGCACCACAGCUUCCGGUCCAGGGCACGUUCCUGCAGGUCCUGGAGGUGAUCAUCCCCAGCCUCGCCAAGCACCGCGUCCUCAACCUCGCCAGCCAGACGGGGAAGAUCCUGAGGUGUCCAGAUGCCCGGCUGCGAACGCCACGUACCCCAGGUCCAGCCACGACGACGAUGACGACGUGUCUGUGGUCUCGACCCUAGUCCACCCCGACCACAGCAUCAACCUCCGCGACGACGCCUACCAGCCUACGCUGCCACACGCCGUCAACGACAGGAGAAACGCAGCAGCUGAGAGGGUAAAUCCGGAGGAACCGGAUGACGGAGGGAAGGGAGAAGGCGAGAGAGCGAACGAGGAGCGGCCGCCGCCCGAGGAAAUCAGGUACUACGACGGCGGCAAGGAAGCGAGCGGGGAGGCGGUUAGCGACAGAAAUGAACGUCCCUUGCCUACUAGCUACGUGCCGAAGGAGGAAAACACACAAGAACCGGCACAGGGAGACGCUGAAGAAGCCAAGACAGAGGAACGGGAAGAAGUUCCGGUAAAGGAGGAAUCGCUUAAUGAAGAAGGAAUGGAAGAAAAGACAGAUGAACCACAAGAAGAGAAUUCCAAGCCUCAGGAAGUUCCGGAGACCGUUCAACCAUCGCCGGCACCUCCGCCUUCAGCGCAUCCAGAGCAAAAAAUAGCAGAAGGAAAAGAACCAGCUGCGGAGAAGAAGCUUUUGCCGCGACGAAAAUCUGUCACACGUCCCCAUAUCCCUCCGGCACCUGAUAUGCCCAAAAAGGUAGACGUAGAAGCCAGCAAGCUCCUCGAGAAGCUUGUGGGUGAAGUGCGUGAGAUGCCAGUGCCCAUAAGCACCCCGGAUAAUGACCCUCUGCUCCUCUCUCUGCCGCCUCCGAAAGUCUCGGAGUUCAAAGUAGCCUUCAGUUCGCGUCCGAAGAUCGCUCGGACGCCUCCCGGAUCCGCCAUUCCCGACGGUCGCAGUGGCCGACGGGGAUCUAUGUGUUCUCUCAGCCCCGGAAGCCCUCCCGUUCUCCCGCCGAUCAACAGGAACAACCACACGUACACGAGGGCUGCCACUUGAUGCGCGUUGUUAUAGGUGAUGUAUUUGACUUCAAUCUCGACAGUCCGAGAGCAAGAGUGGUAGCGGAGUUUGCGUUUAGGAAAAAGAGGCAAAUACUUCGUUUCCUGUAUUGUUUUCCUGAUACUAAGACACCAACCAAACUCAAGCUUACUGGAUUUCAUUAAUACAGAUAUGCGGCCAUGUAACACAAGUUUAACAUACAAUGAAAACAAAAUUAGAGAUUAUUUUAAAAGAUAGAAAAUUGCCGCCUUGAACCAUCGAAACUACCGGAUUAGUGAUUACCGGACCAGUGCGGUUCAACCCACUUUAUGUUUUGCUGUUGAAAUCCAUUCCUGUUUUGGUGGUAUAGUGACGCGCAAGUGACUGACUACAGAUGAUUUUUCCCCCUACGUGAUUAUUGUCAUUUUACCUCCUUAUGGGGGUCAAAGAAAUAUACUUUUACCUGACGUGAUCUGUAUCCAAGAAAAUACAAUAUAUGAGAAUAAACGGGACACAGCUGCAGACACGCUAUGCUGCCUGCCUUUUCCUUUAAAAACUUUUUCAA